CAUGGAAGUCUGUGCUGUUCCGUCAAUGCCGCGAAAAAUAUAACUGUGGCAGACUAGAGAGAUAGAUCAUUACUAUGGCUGAGAAAUGCCCAAAGUCAAAACUAAAAAGAAAGAAAUUGUCUAUCGAGGAACCCCUAACUGAUAUAUUUUUCAGGAACACGCUGAUAAAGAACAACGAAAGUUCCAGUGCAUGGAUUGAAAGCUUGAGUUCAACGAGACCUGUGGUCCCUACAGAGACGUGGUGGUCCAGAGGUGACCUGGCUGCAGUUGAGAGUCUCUGGGCCCUGGCUCUGAGCUCUGCUCUUCCCUGUCUGGACGCUCACCCCUGGGACCCAGUCCCUGACCUUCCAACAGCCUCCACACUGAGCUCUAAUGUAGACCAGCAGAUUGAAUGGAGAUGGUGUAGCCUCAGUGAGGACAUGACUCCCUUGCCCUCCUCUCCCUCUCCUCCUCUGAGUACUCCCACGGCCCCACACUGUUCCACCACAGACUCUCCUCUCAAUCCUUCUCUUGGGCUGGAAAAGACUUUCCUCCCAGUCCCAGUACAGACUAGCCAGACAACAUCCACCAUCAAUGGCCCUCCUUCGAAGUCUGCUCCCUGUCUUGAGGGGCCCGGAGAGGGGACCAGUAGUAGUGGUGCUGGCCACCCCAGACCACCAAGUCUGGGAGCCCAAGUGCCUUCUAGCUACGGAAGGGGAGGCCCGUGGAGUGGAGAGGGGAAUAGCAGAGUGUCAUCCAGAAAGGACACAAAACGAGGGGAAGGAGGGCAAAACACGGCAGUGGCCAGACCCCACCCUACAGCCAGGCGACCAGGAGGAGAGAAGGAGAGUCAUCCCUCUACUCCUCAGCCCUUCAUCAUCAGAGCAGGGAACGGAGGAUCAUCAUUACCAGCAGAAGCAAGAAAGGGUGGAGGAGGAGUAGGAGAGGAGGGCGAGAAGAGGGGGAUGAAGAGGCUGCAGCUACCUGCAAACCAGGUGGACGCCACGUCCUCUACCUCUGACAGCUGCACUGCUGCUCCCAUGGAGGAGGAGGGGGAGGUGGAGAAAAGGGAGGAGGAGGUGUCUGGGAUGGGCAGAGCUGAUUGGGUUGCUGGCAAAGGAGGAGGAGGAGGAAAGUCAAUGCAGAGCUGCCCCAUGUGCCUGGUGCCGUUCCCAGCUGGGUUCACGCAGAUGGACUGUGACAGCCACCUGGCCAAGUGUCUGUCGGAGAUGACCGUCGACAUGACCUGGUGAUAGUCCACAGAGUCUUCUUGACACCAAGGAUGGAUGGAGGUCUGGAAGGACAGCCAGCUGGCCGUUGCACCACAUUUGGGUCGUGUUCACUAGGCACAAAACAGAAGAGAAUGGACCGAAUUGGGGAGGUGCUAUCGGAACUUGUCGAAUUAAAAAUGCUUGUUUUUGCCAUCCGUCACAAAAAGUUUUGCUACAGUGUGCUCUAAUGAGGAGUUAUUUUCACUCCACCCUGUUGUUUGGCUAGUUGGACGUUUUGAUUCAAACUCCAGUGGUAUCUAUCCCCCGUGUGAUGGACGGCGGGUGCAGACAACGGUAAAAUACAGUAUCUGAUUCUACUGAUCAUCUAGUCUUCAGUCGUGGGUUUAAUUUGUAGAAUCUUGUGUUACGUUUGGCUGGAGCAAAAACCCACCUUUACCCUUUGUAAGAUUUACUGACUUACUGUCCCACCUCCGCCCCUUUUCCCACCAACCUAUCAUCAUGCACUACAAGGUUGGAAUCAUAGAGAUGGAUAGAGGGCACACCUGCCACUAAGCAUUUAUGAGGUGUACCACUUCCCAUCGCUAUGGUUGGAAACAAUCUCUGAUGUGUCCCAUAUUGCUUCAUUCAGAUACACAUUUUGUUCUCUCCGCUCCUAACUGCAUAUGCUGCCAUAGAAGUAGAAUGAAUAGAACGGGCGUCCCCAUUCAAGUCAACAAAGGUAUAAUGGGUGGACUGGUGGCCAAAGCGAGGAGCAAAGCAGGAAGUGUACCCUGUAGAAGUAGUCGCCAUGGCGCCCUGGUAGCCUAAGCAGAGAGCUCCUGUAAAUACUGCCUUCAGAAAUUCUUCACACCCCUUUUACUUUUUCCACAUUUUGUGUUACAGCCUGAAUUUAAAAUGGAUUAAAUUUAGAUUUUUUUUGUCACUGGCCUACACUCAACACCCCAUAAUGUCACA